CGCAGUGCAAUCACUCUCAGAUAGAUAAUAUAGAAAUGGAGAGCUCCCAAGUGGAGAGCGUUAUUGAUUUCACAGAUAGAGCAUCAAGCAUGAAUGCAGGUCAUGUUCAGCCCAUCGAUAAACGAUCAAUACAUCAAAUUUGUUCAGGACAAGUUGUCUUGAAUUUAGCCACAGCUGUCAAAGAAUUAGUGGAGAACAGUCUGGAUGCUGGCGCCACAAAUAUAGAAAUCCGAUUAAAGGAGUAUGGCUGUGAAUUAUUAGAAGUAAUAGACAAUGGUUCAGGUAUACAACAAGAUGAUUUUGAAGGAUUGGCUCUCAAACAUCAUACAUCGAAACUUAAAGAUUUUUCUGAUCUGACGUGUAUAGAGACGUUUGGUUUCAGAGGUGAAGCUCUCAGUUCAUUAUGUGCAUUAAGCUGUUUAACAAUUACUACGUGUUAUAAGACAUGCAGUGUGGGCACCAGAAUAGAAUAUGACUAUAAUGGUAAAAUUAAAAGUCAAGAACCCUGUCCAAGACAGCGAGGAACAACCGUGACAUUGCAAAAUGUAUUCCACACAUUGCCAGUGAGACACAAAGAAUUCUUAAGGAAUCUAAAGAAGGAGUUCAACAAAAUGGUGAAUGUAUUGUAUGCUUACUGUAUUAUUUCUACUGGUGCCCGUUUGGUCUGUUAUAAUCAGACAGCUACCAGAAAAAACUUAGUGGUAACUACCAACUGUAACUCAUCUAUAAAAGACAACAUAACUAAUGUGUAUGGUGCUAAACAG